AUCAAUUAUUCAAAGAAAAGCAUAGUAAUCUGUUUUGCUCCAUUGGAAAAGACCAAAUGCCUCUAAGAAGUUCAAUUACCAGAUGCCUUACGUCACUGUUUGUUUUAAACAUGACUUCCACAAGUUCCAAAUUCCAUGUCUAAAUCACAUUUUUCUUACUUCCAAUUUACUACUUUGCAGCCAUUGAAUUUUAGUACUACUUUAGCUAGCUUUAACGCUCUUGACUCUUCCCUUCCAAACUCCCAAGUUUUUUUUCUUAAUUAUUAUUUAAGUGUGAAUUUUAUUUUGCCGGUUGAGUUUGAGUUUUCUUAUUGAUUUUAUAAUCUAGGUAUUAGUAAAAAAAUUCAUGCUUGGCUUUCUGUUAUUAAGAUUUUUUAACCCCAUGAAUUCCGGACUGUAGACAAAGGCCAAUUCUUUAAACAGAUUAAGGGCAAAAAAGGGGGAGAGAGGCUCAUUUUCAUUCAAGUUGUUGGUUUUGAUAGCUUUCAACAAUGAAAAAUCUUGGGUUUUCUUGGUUUUUUUGUUUGAUGAUAUGGGUGACCCUUAAUUGUCUUGUGGGUUGUCAGAAGCCUGGUGCUGUACAUGUUGGUGCUGUUUUCACUUUUGAUUCUGUUAUUGGUAGAGUUGCAAAGGCAGCAAUGAAAGCUGCAAUCUCUGAUAUCAAUGCUACUCCCACUAUUCUGAAUGGAACUCGUCUUAAUUUGAUUGAGGCUGAUGCUAAUUGCAAUGCCUUCUUGGGAUCUAUUGAAGCUUAUCAAGUAAUUGAAAAAGAGGUGGUGGCUUUUAUUGGUCCACAGUCAUCUUCAAUUGCUCAUAUGAUUUCUGAAAUUGCCAAUGGUCUUCAAGUUCCACUUGUUUCAUAUGCCGCCACCGAUCCAAGUCUCUCUGCUAAGCAAUUUCCAUUCUUUGUCCGAACUGUGCAGAGCGAUUCCUACCAAAUGAAUGCUAUGGCUUCUUUAGUUGAUUUUUAUGGAUGGAAAGAGGUCAUUGCUAUCUAUGUGGAUAAUGAUUAUGGGAGGAAUGGGAUAUCUGCCCUAAAUGAUGAACUCAAUAGGAGAAUGGCAAACGCUGUCUAUAAAUUGCCCUUGCCUGUACGUUUUACACAACAUGACAUCGUAGCUGUUCUCAAUCAAUCUAGAUUGCUAGGUCCUCGUGUUUAUAUUGUUCAUGUUGACCCAGACCCUGGAUUAAGAAUUUUUGCCACUGCUGAAAAGCUUCAGAUGAUGAGCAGUAACUAUGUGUGGUUUGCAACAGAUUGGCUUUCUGCUACCAUAGAUUCAUUUGCUUCCAUGAAUAGAACUGCUCUUAGUGUGCUUCAAGGGGUAGUUGGACUUCGCCAACAUAUUCCAGAGUCGAACCAAAUGAAGGAUUUUAUAUCUCGAUGGAGAAAGAUGCAGCAGCAAGGGUUGGUAAAAUCAGAGUUGAAUACCUAUGGCCUUUGUGCUUAUGACACGGUUUGGACAGUUGCACACUCAAUCGACAAGUUCAUAAAUGAUGGCAACAAUUUCACAUUUUCAUUAAGUGUUAAGCUAAAUGAUUCAAAAACAACUCAAAUGCAUUUGGAGAAGCUUAAAGUUUUCGAUGGUGGUGCUAUACUACUAGAUAAUAUAUUGAACACAAGCUUCUCUGGUUUAACGGGUCCAGUUCGUUUUAAUUCAGAUCGAAACAUUAUAACUUCUGGUUACGAUGUCAUCAAUAUUGACAAGAUGGCUGUUCAUAUCGUUGGUUUCUGGUCUAACACCUUUGGUUUCUCAGUUUCUCCCCCAGAAACCCUUCAAGGGACAAAAAAUAGGCAUUCUGAGAUAGAACAGAAGCUUGGCAAAGUUGCUUGGCCUGGUGGAAAGACCAAAGCACCUCGCGGCUGGGUGAUUGCAGAUGAUGAACAUCCGUUGAGAAUCGGAGUGCCUUAUAGAGCCAGUUUCGUUGAUUUUGUUACAAAACUGAAUGGUAGCCAUAAAAUUGCAGGAUACUGUAUCGAUGUGUUCACUGAAGCACUGAAAUUUGUCCCGUACAAUGUUCCUUACAAAUUUGAGCUUUUUGGGGAUGGUCAGUCCAAUCCUAAUUAUGGUCAGCUCGUACAGAGGGUUGCAGAUGAUGUGUUUGAUGCAGCUGUUGGGGACAUUGCAAUUGUGAAGAAUCGGACGAAAGUUGUGGAUUUUUCUCAGCCUUAUAUAACUACCGGUCUUGUCAUAGUAGCUCCAAUUCACAAUACAAAAUCAAGUGCUUGGGUAUUUCUAAAACCUUUUACGGCAGACAUGUGGUGUAUGACUGCAGGUGGUUUUUUCAUAAUUGCUUUUGUUAUUUGGAUUCUCGAGCAUCGAGUCAACGAUGCUUUUCGUGGUCCUCCUAGGAGGCAACUUGUGACUAUGUUUAUGUUCAGCUUCUCAACGCUGUUUAAGACAAACCAGGAAGUAACCGUAAGCACACUUGGGCGAUUGGUAAUGGUGGUAUGGCUUUUCCUAUUGAUGGUGAUAACAUCUAGUUAUACAGCAAACUUGACUUCAAUCCUUACGGUUCAGCAACUUUCGUCCCCUAUUACUGGAGUUGAAAGCUUGAUUGGUAACAGUUGGCCGAUCGGUUACCAAGUUGGUUCAUUUGCACAUGGUUACCUAUCUGAUAACCUUAACAUCCAACGGUCACGGCUUGUUAAACUACACUCCCCGGAAGAGUACGAAACUGCUCUACGACUAGGGCCAGAUAAUGGAGGGGUAGCAGCCAUUGUCGACGAACUUUCUUAUGUUGAAUUAUUUCUGUCAAAGCGAACCGAUUUCGGGAUUAUUGGUCAACCAUUUACAAAGAGUGGAUGGGGAUUUGCUUUCCAGAGAGAUUCCCCACUUGCUGUUGACAUGUCGACCGCAAUCUUGAAACUUUCUGAGACUGGAAAGCUUCAGGAAAUCCAUGCUAAGUGGUUCUGUAAGAUGGGUUGUCCGGGAGAGAGGAGGGGGAAAUCUGAACCGAACCAACUUCACUUAGUCAGCUUCUGGGGCUUAUAUCUUUUAUGCGGUUUGAUCACUCUCGUGGCACUUCUGAUAUUUAUUCUACGAAUGGUUCGCCAAUAUGCUCGAUACAGGCGAAGGCAAAUGAAACUUUGUCGCCCUUCAUCCUCGGUUCAAACUACUACACGUUGCUCUCAGGUCCUUUUUAACUUUUUCGACUUCAUCGACGAGAAAGAGGAAGCUAUCAAGAAAAUGUUUAUGCAGUGCGAGGUUAAUCCAGUUCCAGAAACUCCAACCAGCACAACCAGCACAGCAACUUGAAGCAUUUUUGUUUUGUUAGGAUAUUGGGAGAAAAUAUAUUAUUAGCAUUUAGUGCUUAACCCAUAAAUCUGUUUAUGUAUACCAAUCUACUCGUACAACAUGUUUAGGAUCUGUGAUGCUUGUAAAUAUCUCUUAUAUUUUAAAACUGUAAUAAGAUUCCAGAUGUUUCCAAA